CUUCAAAGACGUUAAUAAAAUAUAUUAAAUACCAUGACUGAUUCAACAAGUUGGAUUAAAAGGAAUAUGCUUGAUUCUCCUGAUCUCAAGAGUAAAGCAAACAGGCGAAUACUAACUGAGGCUGAAAUAAGAGUGCAGAAAUCUUUAGAAAAGUUGUCUAUACCCGAGUGGUAUUUGAAUAAUUCAUCGAAGCCGCCAAAAAUAUUGACGAGAAAUUAUCCGAUUGAUUUGCGUCCUCCUACUUGGCGUUCUCCUGAUUACAAGAACAAAACUUCCAGUACAACACCGAUGGUUUAUCGAACAUUUAAUGCCUCUCCGGAUGGACGUUCAAAGAUGAAUUCAUCUUAUCCUAAUCCAAAAGCAACUCCAGUGGAUAAAGAAGAAAAAAACCGCACGGUCGGAGUAUUAUUGGAAACAUCAUUGGACCGUCGUACGAAUAUAUCACCACCAAAACAAGUCACCCGGAAAGCAAAAUUAAAUAUUAGUAGAACGUUUCCAAAAAUAUCCCCAUCCCGGAAGAUAGAGAACAUCAAUAUUGUCUUUCCCCCAAAAAAAUUGGAUCUAGACAAGAAGCUAAAUGACUCGUCACUUUUAGAUACUUCUGAUGCGCUAAAUAAUUCAAGUGCCCGUGUCACAAACCUCGAUAAUUGCGGCCAGCUCUACAAAACUGUUAUGAUUGAUGAGGUGUCACUAAGUACUACGACAUGUGAUAAUGACUUAUCGUACAGUUUCAUUGAUAACAAACCAUUUUCAAAUGCUUUCUCAAAGUAUUUACAUCUCUGUCCAAAUGAUUCCAAGUCACAGAGCUUACUGAUGCCGAUUGAAGAAUCUAAUGAAGCAGUUUCACCUCGUGCCACUCCCUCGCCAACUCUCAAUGAAACGUUUGUAAUAUCUAACAAAAAAUCACCAGCUUUAGAAAAUAUUGUAAAGCCUAAACGUCCAAAUCGUCGUACCAAACUCGUCCAAGAUAUCAUCGAGGCUUUGAAGAAAAAGACUUUUGAUGCUGAAGCUGAAAAUAAUGCUGAUAAAUCAAAAGAAAAACGCGAGUCUAUUAAUUAUUCAGCAAAUGAAGAAAAAUCACCUAUUCCUGUAAAGUCUUAUGAAGAAAAGUGUAAUCCAGCUAAAUCGAUGUCACUAUCCGCAGAAGCCUUAAGACAAAAAACAAUCAAUGAGAAGAAACAAGAGUAUUACAUGAAAUUAGCUUAUUUGGAGAAUUUGAAGAAGAUGUAUGGAGUUAAAUCAACAGGAAAAGUUGAUAAUUCUGUAAAGAAAGUACAGAGCAGUAUUCAUGAUCGUAUUUUACCACCCGGUACUAGUUACCUUUGCCAAGAGACCACCAUGAAGCUAAGAGCAUUGAAAGCCAGACAGAAUAUCAUAAAUGCAAAUGCUCAUCUACGUGAGCAGGUACAUUCCAAAGAAGAUGUCAGUAAUAAUUCUGGUCUACUUCAAGAUAUUAUUGAAGAGUUUCGCAAGAAAUGCGAAAUCACACAGAAACAAAAAAUAACUCCAGGCUCAAGAAAUUUCGUCAAGAAAUUAGUUGACGUUUUAGAACAGAGUGUCGAUCAUAGUUACGACGGAUCAUUCAUUUCUUCAGUCCAUCCCGGGGACACCAACAACAAUCAUGAUGAUUACCAGCUCAGCGAUCAUGAAAGUGACAUGUAUCAUACAAACUCAACUUCUAUUUCACUUAAAAACUCCGAUAGCGAUGUUUAUGCUUCUUCAACAUCGCCUGACAUAAAUUGGAGCAUGCAGGCCAAUACUGGCGCCCAUCCCGUCGAAGAAGAUGAAGAAGUCUACUGGAUCCCGUUGCCUAAGAAACCCCCAGCAAGAAUCAACUCUAGAAACAGCGUUUCCAUUGAAAGAUGCUCAAGCAGACCCAGCAAAACAAAGUCACCAAUCACUCGUUCACCCUGUUUGAGUCCCAUCCGGGGCGAGUACAAACAGGGAUUUUAUAAUUAUGACUCUCAACGACACAUUUGGACAUCGACUCAGAAAAAUAAGCGGCCCAAAAACAAAACACCUGCUAAAAUUAACUGAUAAUUUUUCUUUAUUUAUUAGCAAUAUUUAUGUAAAUAAUUUAAAUAAAAAAAAAAAAUCAAUAUUUAAUGUACGCUCGAAAAAAAUAAUUUUAUAACAUUUGAUGAAAUGUUUAAAAUGAAUUUUGCUAGUGAACAAAAAAUAUAUAAAAUUUUCUAAAUUAUUUUUUUACGAGUUGAUAUUUUAUACUAUGUACUAAUAA